AUGAACCAAUUUUUACUAAGUCGAAGGCAAAGACACCUUCGUGUGAUUUGCUUUCAUAACAUAAGUCUCUUUAAGACCAACGGAAACUCUUUGUUGAUGAAAAAGUAUGGUGGUUUGUUCGUGCCAUGCUUUUUUGUUUUAGAAUCUAUAAGGGGAGAAUUGCUUUAUGUGAGCGAGGUGCAAUCGGAUUCCUUACGUAAACUCUGUUUCCAGGAAUUACCAAAACUGACUGGUGCAUCUACUAUGAUUAUAUUAAAAUUGGUAGGACGGGUUCCGAGUGAAGUUUUGUGUGAAAUAAGUUUUGAUAAAAGGAGCAGCCUUGGCGAUAAAUGGUGUAUUUUAUGCACUUACACAAUAGAUCUUAAUAAGCUACAACCUAUCAAUGAAGACGCGGUUUUAAUUACAGGCACUAACACACCAGUACUUGGCUUGAUAGACGGAUCUUACACAUUAUUAAUAGAAAACACUAAACCGAUAAAGGGGCCUGUCAGUUUGCACAAAAGGAAUAUAAGUCAAGUCAAGAUCAAAUCUUCACUGGCAUAUAGUUCUUUGCUCAAAUUGAAUAAGUUAUUAGAGUAUUCUUCACAAGUUCAUGAAGAAAUCAAUGACAUCUCCAAAAAAAUAGAACAGGGCUUUCCGUUGCAUAAAAACCAAAACCAUUGGUACAUAAAAACUGUACAGAAGUCUAUAAAGUCUCUACAAAGUGAGACAUUACAAAGGAAAACAAAAAAAACACAUAUGGAAAUGACACAACUCGAGAAUAGUGACACUAUCAAUCAUUCCAAAACUGAAUUAUCGUUGAUAUCACAAGAUGAGCCCAUAAACGAUGACUAUGGAAGCAUAUACUCUAGAUUCGUUCAAAUCAAGGAUAGAUUGGAUCAAUUAAGGUUCAAAAAAUUAUAUCAGCUGGUAAAAAUCUUUCAUUCAACAGACUUGUUUAACCCGGAUAGAGGUUUUGUUCGCUUCAACAGGCCUUCUAGCAUAAGCAAUAUUAUCAACGUGCUCAACCUAAAACCCCUAAACAUCGGAAUCUUAUUUAGACAAGCUGAUGAAUCUGCAAGGCACAGAGAAUAUAUAAACAGCCAAUUGGGUUAUUAUCUUUUAUUUCUCCAUUUGACAGCAACUCAAAUCUUCAAAGCCCCUUUACCCUAUAAACUAAUGUAUUAUGGCAGUACUUCAGUGAUCGAAAGUCAGUAUCCGUUCUACUUUACUGAUUCAAUGAUCGCCAAACAUCAGGCAAAACUGAUUAGAGCAAUGCAUUACUUUAAUGCUGACAUUUUACAAUUUAAGCAAGUAUUGGAGAAUUACUGUCCAACAUAG